UCCCAUUUCACCCAUUUUUUUCUUCUUUUUUUUUUCAAAGAAAUUCCAGAAGCUUUGAGGGAACCGUUUCGUUUCUUUUCCCUCCAUUCGAAUCUCUAAAGCACCUGUUGUUGCUUAUACCUGUUUCCACACACUUGGUGUGCUGAGUCCCUCGUUCACGCAAACCUGCGGCCGCGAAUGCCACUCCAGUAUUGAAGCGCACGUUGUCCCGGCAUCAACAUUAUAUAUAUCCACCUAUAACACUACGCAGCUCUUUUUAUUUACAUUUAAACUUGAUUCAUUAUUUUUCAUUUUUUUUUUAAAUUUUACUUUUACGCGCGUGACACUAUUUUGAUUUUAUAUCAAAAAUUAAAUUAUGGAAAGGAUAAGGGAAUAUUUGACAAGAAUAAUUUGUCAUUUGGAAAUAUAAAGUGAUGUGUGAACUGAUUUGUGGCAAAAAACCGGAAAUUUCUCUUUUACAUAUAUAUGUGUGAAGUGCAAUGGUGAUUAUUUCUUGGAAAACGAGCUGAAAUUUUCAGUUUAAAAAAAAAAAAUAAAUAAAACCUCUUUAACAUGGAGGAUAAAAAUCAGGAUACUUGCUAUAGUCCGGGCAGCAUUGCAGGAGCUGUUAUUGGAACCUUUUUAACAACAAUUCUGCUUUUUGCGGUUGCUGCUUUAUUUUACAGACAGUGGCGCAGACAUAAAGGAAAACAUUUGGUCUUGGUGACAGAUCCUGAAAUUGUUGAUGAUGCCUAUGCAUUCGAUAAUCCAUGUUUCAAAGAUGCAACACCUGCAGUUGCUCGAAGUCUCGAGAGACCGAUUUCUGCCACUCCUAUGGACACGCCAGCGAAGGAUUCAACUCGUUGGUCAACACCUUGGUCAUCCUUGGGUCUUGGAAAUGGAAAUCGAAAUGAUAAAAGGCGCACCUUGGAUGACUCUUGCCUUGGACCAAAGGCCACCAAGGUCAGUUGCGUGAGUCUCAGGAGUCGCGACUUUACUGGACUUGGAUUUAAUGUCUGUGGAAAUAUGAGAGAAGGUAUAUUUGUCAAAGAUCUUCUUCAUCGUGGUCCUGCCUCAGAAUCUGGUCGCAUUCAUCCUGGUGACAGAAUAACGAGCGUUAAGAUCAGCUUCAGAAGUAUGGUCUACGAAGAUGCAUUGACAAUUUUGAGUUAUGCCUCGCCUUACGACGUAGAAUUAGAAGUGGAAAGUGGGGGAACCGGUUCGAAACCAACGACAUUAUUAAAAAAGAGCGUGGGCCCGAGUCCAACGAGAAUUUGUCAUCCACUCUAUAGAAGUCAAUCAAUUCCUGAACUCUCACGAGCUCAUAUAACAGUAGCGAAAAGACUCUUUAUCGCCGAUCCAAACGAGUCAUUAGGCUCAAAUUAUUCCACAAUGAAUUCAACACUAAAAUCAUCAAAGUCGACACCAGGAAGUCAAACGCUCGAGCGUCGUCAUGAAGAGACAAAACAAAAUCACCAUAAAUUUGGUAUUAAAGUACUUCCCGCUCUCGAUGGCACGGUUCACCGAAUCGAGAAUCAAAACGAGCACAAUACAAAUCUUGAAAGGAGACAUUCACGAAAAAUGGACGCCGAAAAAAUUCUCGGCAAAACUUCUUCGUCCCUAGUUAAAGAAUCUUCAUCACCUUGCGAUGAAAUUAAAAUUGUCUCCGAAACACUUCAACAAAAGGAAAAUCCUCUACAAAAGGAUAUUUCUAUUAAAAACGAUAAUUCACAACCGAAGGAUAAAAAUUCUCUUCAAAUGGAUUUGAUAAAUCACAAGGAAACAGUAGAAAUUACAAAAAGAAUUUUACGAGUCGAUGGAACAGAAUUAAAUGGAAUUGACAUUCCCGAUCUUGGUAAAGAAAUAAAUAUGUCAACUCAAGUUCCUGCGGAAGUUCACAAUGCCGCAAUGGCCGCUCGAAGGAAUCGAAAGAAUAGCGCGGAACUUUCUAAAAUUCCAAAAUCACCGACAAUUUCCAUUGAAAUUGAAACAGACGCAAAAAGUCCACAAAAAAAUAAAAGAAAAGCUCCAGCCCCACCGAAAAUCAAUCUCGAAGAACUUGAUGUUACAUCAAUAAAAAAGGAGCGCGAGUCAGAAGAUAAAAUUGACUCGAUUGCUGAUUACACUGAAUCAUUGAAUGAUUACGUCAGCAAAGUGCGCGAGAAUAAAGAUGACGAGGCUCGUAGACAGAGGCUUGAAGCGAGAGCGAACAGAAGGAAUUCAGAGUCCGACACGGACAGUGAGGUUCAAAACAGUUUCACGACAAUUGAAUUAAAUCCGGCCGACAUUACAAUACAUCAUACACCAGUGCCUGAGGUCGACGAUGACGAAGUCGAUGACAUCUACAGAAAAGCAGCGAGUCUAGGUGAUCUUUCAAAAUAUGAAAAUAAAACAUCGACAAAUUUAGAAAGGGCUCAGAGUCUUGAUAUGACAGAUACUGGCUCAAAGAAACGAAAAGCACCAUUACCGCCCGAAGAUAUCAACGAAUCAACCGAGGAUCUUACGAAAUUAGAUCAAAUCGAUACGUUCGAUAAACGAAAAUUAAAAAAAUCCAGUGAGUGGGGAACAUUAGAAGACGCAAUUUGGUCGAAGGGCGAAAUUGAGGAUAAAUCAAAGAAAACAAGAGUGAGGAAAAAGAGUAACGGCACACUGGAGCGAUCAAAGUCAGCCGUCGAGAUGAAAAUCAAGGACGAAGUCCAGGACACCGACGAUCCUGUGAAUGUGUCCGACGGUGCUAUUGCAACCACAAUUGAUUUAUACAAUUUACCACUCAGCAAACGAAUGAGUCAGGACUUCAUUCAUUCCGAAAGGAUGUUCAAUCCCGAUGCAGAUAAUUCCCUGGCGAGAAUUGUCAACAACGGACGUGUCGUCAAGAGUCCAACUCCCGAGGAAGUCGAAUUAGACUUCAGGCAAGCGAAACCCAUGCCUGACGAUAUCGACGACGCGAAUCCAUUCAACGAUCUCGAGGACAGGGACAUUGACAAGGACAACAAAUUCGUGAACGAAGGAUUUGAAAAGGCUUUGCAUUAUUUUGAUCUUCACACCAAGAAUUCAAAUCCAUCGAAAGAGUUUGUCAGUUUUGAAGAAUCGAAAGAAAAGGAUUUAUUCAACAGUGAUCCAAAGUUAUUGUACAAAAAUGAAGAACCAGUUGAGGAGAUAUUCACCAAGGUCAAAAUUGACUACUUUUGUCCCGGUUGUGAAAAGAGAUUUGGACAUCAUACCGACAAUUGCAAGCGAAACACUUUUACCACAAAUGGCAAAAGAACAGACGAUCAUUUAGAACUCCAAAAGGCCGAAAUAGAAUCCGAUCAAGUGAAUCAUGUAUUAGAGGAUUUAAAAAACAGUAAAAACGAAUCCGAAACUUAUCCAGACAGUCACGUUCAAAAACCGGAAAAGUUUCAAGCUACAAGAGAUGAAGAAGAAGAAACUCCAGUUGUUUCAAUUUUCCAAACUCAUCUCACAAAAUUCGAACAAAAUUCCUCACCCGACAAAUCCGAUUCAUAUGAAACGCAUUUUGCCAAACGAAUAGUGAAUCUCCCCGAGGAGAAGGACGUGGAAAUGAUUCUCGACGAUCAAGACGAAGACGGUUAUGAUUUCGGUUCAAGUAUAACAGUGAACAAUAAGAAUAUCUCGCCGAAUGAGGAUCGUCACAACAUAAGCAAUGUCAGUGUGUCAAGUGGCGAAAAUAGUGAAGACAGUGGUUUAGUUCGAGAAUCCAUCGACUUCCGGCUAGAUUCAGAGACACGUCCACCAUUACCAACAACUCCAAUGCCAGUUUCGGCUACACAGAAAAUGACCUACAUCACCGAGAUAAAAGUAUCGCCCACGAGGGAAAACAUUCACGAGCCCGACAGCGAAAGUGAAGAAAUUGUCGCAAUUAUGGAGGGAAAUGGCGAAGCAAGAAAGUCACAAGUCGACAUUAUUGUGACGGCAAAUGGAAAACCAACGCCGGGAAAAAAACCGCCAGUACCGCCGAGACGCAGUGAUGUUUCAAAACUCAUCAAGGAUGAAAUAUCAGACAAGCAAGUUGUCUAUGUGUCAGAAUAUAAAUCACCAUCAACGAAGGAUGUUCAAAUAUCAUCGAGUGCCUCGGACGAUAAAACUGCAGGUGUUAAUAAAAAAUUUGAACAGUGGAUAUUUCUAGGCGACAAUAAAGAACAGAAUCCAUGGGGCAAUGGAUCAAGUCCACCCCAACCGGUUACAAAUAUUGUCCUCUCAUCCGGAGAUGAGAAAAUUUUACAUCAAUAAUAAAUUGAGUAAUUCGAUUCAGAAAUUAUUCUUCUUCGAUUUAAAUAAAAUCGAAAUCAAAUUUUGUUUUAAAAAAAUUCAAAUCACCGUCUAUCAGGAUUGCCAGAAAAAUUUAAUUCUCUUUUUCCCUGAAUUUCAAAAAAAAAAUGUCUUUUUUCUGACACUAACAAAUAUUCUAAUUUACUCUAAAAAUUAUUACACAAAAAAAUGUUUCUAAUACAUUUAUUUGGGGACGCAUAAAUAUCCCAUAAAAUUUUUUUGUUAGAAUCUUUAUUCAAGAAAAUUUUCAUAUAUUUGAAUAUUUAAUUUUGUUUUUAAAUCAACGUUAAUUUUUACUUAACGAAAAUUUCACUUAACAGAAUUAAUAUUCUGUUAACAUCAAAAUGUUAAUUAUAGCCGACAUUUUAUUUGACCAAAUUUCUAAUUACAUAAUCCACUUUUUAUUUUUAAAAAAUCAUUUUUAAUUAUUAUUUAAUAAUUAACUAUCAAAUGUUACCCGAGCGAAACGCGGUAUUCAAUUUAUUAUUAUGCAAAUUACCACAUUUUUUUAUUUUCUAAUAUCAA